AUGGCCUUCCACCUUAAUCCCGCAACGGUUCCUCAACUUGCAUGGGUAGGCUCACGCAAAUGGGGCAGAAAACAAGACAUGAAAAGAUUAAUAUUCAAAUUGGGAAUAAUUUCCAUGUCCAUGAUGUUAUACUUGUGUCAAGCAACCAGCAAUCUCCACCCUUUGAUCUUAGUACCCGGAAAUGGUGGAAACCAACUAGAAGCCAGGCUAACCCGCGACUACAAGCCCUCGAGCCUGGUCUGCCAUUUGUACCCACUUUUGAAGCCAAAAGGCGGUUGGUUCAGACUAUGGUUUGACCCCGGGGUCCUAUUAGCACCCUUAGCUCAAUGUUUUGCUGAUCGUAUGAUGCUCUUCUAUGAUAAAGAUUUGGAUGAUUAUCGGAAUGCUCCUGGGAUCGAGACAAAAGUGCUAAAUUAUGGUUCCACUCAGUCUCUUCUCUACCUCGAUCCCAAUCUCAAGCACGCGACGGCAUACAUGGCUCCACUAGUGGAAUCUUUAGAAGAAAUUGGAUAUGUUAAUGGGAAAACACUAUUUGGAGCUCCAUACGAUUUUCGAUAUGGCCUGGCAGCCGAAGGUCACCCAUCAAAGGUUGGUUCGAAGUUUUUGCAGGACUUAAAAGAUCUCAUAGAAAAAGCAAGCACAGAUAAUGGUGGGAAGCCAGUAAUUAUUGUCUCCCACAGUUUAGGAGGUCUUUUUGUGCUCCAACUUCUCAACCGAAACCCGAUAUCUUGGCGUAAAAAAUUUAUCAAACACUUUGUUGCGCUUUCCACUCCGUGGGGUGGCACAGUGGAGCAAAUGGUUACUUUUGCCUCGGGGAAUACUCUAGGAGUACCCUUUGUUGAUCCAUUGCUUGUAAGAGGAGAGCAAAGAACUUCAGAAAGCAACUCUUGGCUUUUGCCUAAUGCGAAAGUAUUUGGUGAAAGAAAACUCGUUAUUGCGCCAAAUGCUACUUAUUCAGCACAUGAAAUCACUCAAUUUCUUAAUGACAUUGGAUUUUCGGAAGGGGUUUAUCCUUAUACAACCCGAAUUUUGCCUCUAAUGGAACAGUUGAUCGCGCCAGAGGUUCCUAUCACAUGUAUAAUUGGGAGUGGUGUUAGGACACCAGAAACUUUAUUCUACGGGGGAAAUGGUUUUGAUGAGCAACCAGAUGUUGUUUAUGGAGACGGAGAUGGCACAGUGAACAUGGUGAGCUUGCUAGCAAUUGAGAAAUUGUGGGCUAAGGAGGCAAAUCAAACCCUCAAGGUAAUUAGAAUUGGUGGGAUUUCUCACACAUCAAUUCUACAUGAUGAUUCGGCAAUCGAUGAAAUAAUAGGUCAAAUUUCUUGUAUUAAUUCUCAUGUAAUCAGCACAGCUUUGUAG